CGUUUACGGCGGACAUAAAACACAUCUGCACGUUGCACUAUUUGUUUCCGCUCCACGUUUCGUGAUGUUAGCAAGUUAUAGCCGCAUGUGACAAACUGAACGUUGUAUGGUAGAGGGUAGAUCAUCCAUGUCCUUGAUAACAAUACUUAGCUAGUUACGCAAGUAUUUCAAAGCAGUAUUUAUUUUAAGUAAACAUGGAAGCAGUUGAAGAUGAUUCCCAGUUAGGCCUUUCUUCUGAAGAGGAAGAUAGUGAAUUAUCCGAUGGAGAGCUUCAAGUGGCCUUCGCUAAAGGUUUGCUGAAGCCUGGGUUAAAUGUAGCUCAACAGGAACCAAAGGCAACAGUCAACAAGCCGGAGGGACUCAAACAGUGCUUGAUGGAGUUCCAGAGGAAUUUGCCCUGGGUUGAAAGGCUGGACCUGAGCAACAGCCCUGCUGCUGACAUUGUGGCUAAAGCAGAGGGUGCACUAGCUGCACAGGACACUGCUGAGAUUAGUGCAGAGGAUGACUUCCAGAGGGAGAUGUAUUUCUACCGCCAAGCACAAGCAGCUGUGCUAGAAGCAUUGCCUCGGUUAAAGAAACUGAAGAUUGCCACAAAACGCCCAGAGGAUUACUUUGCUGAAAUGGCCAAGACCGAUCAGCACAUGCAAAAGAUAAGAAAAAAGUUGAUCAUGAAACAGAUGGCAAUGGAGAAGUCUGAGAAGGCCAAGGCACUCAGAGAGCAGAGGAAGUAUGGCAAGAAGGUUCAAAUUGAGGUCCUCCAGAAGAGACAAAAGGAGAAGAAAGCAAUGAUGUCAGCUGUGAAGAAAUAUCAGAAAGGAAUGACUGACAAAUUGGAUUUCCUGGAUGGAGACCAGGGAAAGGGCAAGAAUGAAACCAAAACGACAAAGGCGGCAAUGAACAAAAAAGGUCCCAAUGCCAAGAGAAAGUUCAAGGAUCAGAAGUUUGGUUUUGGCGGAAAGAAACGUGGGUCCAAAUGGAACACCAAGGAAAGUCACAACGACAUGUCCGGAUUCAAGGCCAAGGUGGCUCAUGGGAAAGGAGGGAAGAAAUUUGGGAAAGGGGGAAAGCAGAAACCCAAUAAACGGCCUGGCAAAGACACCCGCAGAAAGACGAAGAGCCGCUCUCGAUAGGCCCUUCCUUCCAGCCCAUAGUCACUCUGCUCUCGAUAUCCUCUUCCCUCCAGCCCAUACUCACUCUGCUCUCUAUAGCCCCUUCCCUCCAGCCCAUACUCACUCUGCUCUCGAUAUCCUCUUCCCUCCAGCCCAUACUCACUCUGCUCUCGAUAUCCUCUUCCCUCCAGCCCAUACUCACUCUGCUCUCGAUAUCCUCUUCCCUCCAGCCCAUACUCACUCUGCUCUCGAUAUCCUCUUCCCUCCAGCCCAUACUCACUCUGCUCUCGAUAUCCUCUUCCCUCCAGCCCAUACUCACUCUGCUCUCGAUAUCCUCUUCCCUCCAGCCCAUACUCACUCUGCUCUCGAUAUCCUCUUCCCUCCAGCCCAUACUCACUCUGCUCUCUAUUUCCUGUUCCCUCCAGCCCAUUCUCACUCUGCUCAUCCAACCAUUCCAGAGUUCAGCCUUUACAGCCAUUGUACAUUAACAGUACAUUUAAUUUUACUGGGUGAGCUGGAAGUUCAGAUGUGGACUGUGUAUGAAAGACUGAAGCAGCUGUUAACUGAUAUGCCUAGAUGCGCUUGGAAAAAUCCCCUUUAUUUCAGUAAAGUCCUUUUUUUUUUUUUUUUUUUUUUGAACAAAUUUACAGUUUUUAAAAAAAAUUUUUUUUUACAAUUUUUCCUGUGCUCACUGUAACAAGUACAAAAGCAACAGUUGUUAAACUCAAAAUGUGCAAUGCUGUGGUUCAGUUCGUGGCAUGCUUUGAUGGGGAGAUUAUGGAGGACGUAUUGCAAAGGAGGCAACACAGUUCCCUCGUUCCUGUGCAUGCUUCAUUCACAAAUUUCUAUUUUGUUUGAAUUGCGAAUUAUUUGAUGUGCGAAUUAAUGUCCAUUUUUAUUAAAUAAUUCUGGAGCUAA